UCCAGCGACAGGCGGAAGCUUCGCUGCAGUCUGGCGAGUGCUAGGGGCACCUGCGGCGGCCACCUGGCUGGUCGCGCAUCUCAUAUUUUGGAUUCUGGCUGUAUUAUAAUGAAUGGCACUUUGACAUCAGAUGUUAUUGGCCAAAGAGUUGAUGUUAACGGAGAACAUGCAACAGUACGUUUUUAUGGCAUUGUCCCUCCUGUGGCAGGACUCUGGUUAGGAGUAGAAUGGGACAAUCCCGAGAGAGGAAAGCAUGAUGGAAGCCACGAAGGGACCGUGUAUUUUAAAUGCAGGCACCCAACAGGAGGAUCCUUUGUUCGUCCAAACAAAGUAAAUUUUGGAGUAGACUUUCUUACUGCAAUUAAGAACCGCUAUGUGUUAGAAGAUGGACCAGAGGAAGAUGGAAAAGAGCAAAUUGUUACAAUUGGAAAUAAACUUGUGGAAACGAUUGGUUUUGACUCUGUUAUCAAACAGCAAAGUCAGCUGAGCAAGUUACAAGACAUUUCUUUGAGGAACUGUGCGGUAAAUUGCGCUGGUGACAAAGGAGGCAUUGCCAAAGCAUGUCCUAAUAUUAGAAAUGUAGAUUUGUCCAGAAACCUGCUGUCUUCAUGGGAUGAAGUCACAGAUAUUGCCGAUCAGCUCGCACACCUGGAAGUCCUGAAUCUCAGUGAAAAUAAGCUAAGAUUUCCCCUGGAUUCACCAUCUUCGACCGGAACCUUCGCCACGCUGAAGGUUUUAGUUCUUAGCCGAACGGGAAUAACAUGGGCCGAGGUGCUCCGGUGUGCUGUUGGGUGGCCAGUCCUCGAGGAGCUGUAUCUUGAGUCUAACAAUAUUUCCAUUUCAGAAAGACCGGUUGACACCCUACAGACCCUCAAGCUAUUAGACCUUUCCUCUAAUCAGCUAAUUGACGAAAAUCAGCUCUUUCUAAUCGCCUAUCUGCCCAGAUUAGAACAACUAACCCUUUCUGACAUUGGGAUUUCCUCUCUCCAUUUUCCAGAUGCUGGAAUUGGGUGCAAAACGUCCAUGUUUCCUUCCUUGAAGUACCUCGUGCUCAACGACAAUCGGAUAUCACAAUGGUCCUCUAUCAACGAGCUGGAUAAGUUGCCAAGUCUGCAGGCCUUGUCGUGCCUGAGAAACCCCCUGACUGAAGGGAGCAAAGCAGAGACCGCGAGGCAGUUCAUCAUCGCCAGCAUCGGUCAGCUGCAGACCCUGAACAGGUGCCAGAUCCUCCCGGAGGAGAGGCGGGGAGCUGAGCUUGAUUACCGAAAAGCGUUUGGAAACGAGUGGAGAAAGGCGGGGGGCCAUCAGGACCCAGCGCAGAACAGACCAAACGAGGAAUUCCUUGCAGCGCAUCCCAGAUACCAGUCACUCUGCCUAAAAUACGGUGCACCCGAAGAUGGGGAACUCAAAACACAGCAACCAUUUUUGCUCAAAAACCAGCUACUAACACUGAAGAUAAAAUAUGCUAAUCAACUUGAUGAGAAAGUCAUCGAGAAACAGCUGCCAGAUUCCAUGACAAUUCAAAAGGUGAAAGGACUGCUGUCACGUCUUCUCAAAGUUCCUGUGUCAGACCUUCUGUUGUCCUAUGAAAGUCCCAAAAUGCCGGGCAGAGAGAUUGAACUAGAAAAUGGCCAACAGUCAUUACAGUUUUAUUCUGUGGAAAAUGGAGAUUGUCUGUUAGUACGAUGGUAACAGCCAACUAAUAAAACUCAGAGACUAGA